AUGCUAAUGAAUCCUGUUGCAAACAAACAUUUACCUAAUAGGAAUAUGGUGAAAAAAGUAAAAGGUAGAACUUUUCACCUUCCUUUGCCUCUUGAAGAAACUUUGAAAAAGCUGCCUAGACCAGAACACCCAAUUACUAACACUGAAAUGUAUAUUAUGGUACGAGGUAUGCCAACAAAAUCAAAAAUAGUGUGGGAGGAUAUUGUAGAUGUCAAUAAAGUUUACCAAGCCUUACAAUAUUUAAAAUGUGUAAAUGCUCUUUACUCUCAAAUACAACUUCCACAUUCACCUCAACAAUUGUUUGCUUAUAUUAACGAAGAGCACAAUAUCCAUCAUAUAGUAGACCAAUUAGAAUCUCAAGUAGAUAACUUUGUAGGAGAAAACGAUGGGCUACUAACACAAGUUACAUCAGAAAAAGAGGCUGACUAUGAACAAUACACUAUUUACCCCUUGCAUGAAAGGAGGAGAAAUGCUCCUAUUUCAGAACUCUACCAAAUGCUCAAAGUCAAUGCUGCUCCAAUAGAUUUUAAAGAUAAAGAUUUAGAUGUAAAGUGCUUUCCUGAUCUUUACGUAGAAGGUAAAUAUGGGCAGUUUUAUGUUCGGCAGCAAAAGUUAGCAUCUAGUGAAUAUAUUAAAGCAAGACUAAUGUCAAAACACUCUCAAUUCCGCCUAAAUCAACAGUAUUUAUUUUUCCUACUUAAUGAUGCUAAUAUACGUCAAAUAAAUUCAGGGAUAUUCUAUAAAAUGAAUUGCGUUAAUCAAAAACAAAAAAUUACAGCCGAACAAUAUUUUGAGAUGCUUAAUAAAGAUGAGUUAGAAGGUGACUUAACAGCGAUAUUUGGUAGGUUAAGAAAUACGGAACAGUUUUGGAAAAAACCGAGAAAUGAUGUCAUCUGUAUGACACAAUACUACGGGCCAGCAACCUGGUUUCUCACCAUGAGUCCUUCGGAAUGGAUGUGGGAUGAUUUAGGUGAGUAUCUUAGGGAAGUUAACGGUCCUGAAAUGGCGAACAAGAGCAUAAGUGAAUUAGUUGCACUAGAUCCUGUCUCCACUUCUCGAUUUAUUGAUAACAAGUUUAAAGCUAUGUUGGACUUCAUUAUGUCGUCCGAUGAGCCCCUUGGAAAAGUAAUACAUUACUUUUGGAGACGAGAAUAUCAAUCCCGUGGAGCGCAACACUUUCAUUUAAUGUUAUGGGUAAAAGACGCCUCCAUACUUCACGAGUGCUCGCUUGGUGUGGUUGCAUCAUUCAUUUCAAAGUACGUAACAUGUGCUAUACCUGACAAGAAUGUUUCACUAACACUCUAUCAACGAGUUACGUCAUAUCAGACCCAUAAACAUAAUAAGUAUUGCAUGCGCCAAAAGAAAACAAGACAAGGUUUCGUAAAAGUUUGUCGUUUCAGAUUCCCCCGCCCGGUCACAGAAAUACUUAUUAUUAGAGAUAUAAUAGAAUCAAUAGCUGCAAGAAAACAUUGUCCCCUAACAAUAGACUUUACUAUAUUGUACGAAAAAAAGAAUGGGUUAUGA